AUGAAGCUUUUAUUUUCAACUUUGUUGUUCGUUUCCCUGGUUUUGAGCUCAUCAUUUGUCCAACUCUCCUUUGCCCGAUCUAUAGAACCCUUUCCCACGGCUGCUUCACCUGCUCCACCCGCUUCUCUUCCUCCACCAGGUUUCUGUGAUAGCAAGUGUGAGGACAGGUGUUCCCAGGCUGGAGAGAAAGACCGGUGCUUGAAGUAUUGUGGGAUAUGCUGCCAAGAAUGUAACUGUGUUCCUUCAGGGACGUAUGGCAACAAGUCCGAAUGCCCUUGCUAUCAAGACAAGUUGAACUCCAAGGGCCAGCCCAAGUGCCCUUAACUAUUCAUCAAAAUAUUGCAUGCACCGUCAUCUGCUACAUUUGCCUGUAUCACUUC